AUGGAAGACUAUCCCGUGACCAGGAUGAAGAGAGAGAUUGAGCUCCUAGUGUCGCUAAGUGGUCAAAAUUGUGGAGAAAAUUUUGUACAUUAUUUCACCCAUUGGUUCGAAGGACCGGAUGUGGACGACUUGGACUCGUUAAAUCACUCGCUACUAGAUGACAGCGACUAUUCUCCUGAUAUUCCACCAGUCCCGAAAAAUUGGCUCUUUAUUGAAAUGGAACUUUGUGGAAGUACCCUCCAGAGCUGGCUUGUCGAUCGACCAAAUCAGGAAGAUCGGGACGUUGACGAAGUCGCGUUAAUCUUGAAGCAAGUACUCCGGGCGUUGGUUCACGUUCAUUCCCUUCGAAUAAUUCAUCGAGACAUUAAACCUGACAAUAUUUUCGUCACAAAUAUCGAAUCAAUUACAACAGUUAAAUUGGGAGAUUUUGGUCUUGGCAAAAUGUUACAAGGGGACAAAAGUAAGGUUACGACGGAGCGGGUGGGAUCUACCAGAUAUCAGAGCCCAGAAAUGCUCCGUGGGGAUGGCCGUUAUUCGGAGAAAACAGACAUUUUUUCAACUGGGCUGGUCUACCUUCAACUUUUAUUUGUCUCAGAAACAAUAACUUUUGUACGAGAUAUCCGUGACGUUUUCGUCCUUCUUCAGACGAAGGUUCAAACUAGUGUUCUGGAUUGUCCCGAUCUUCUCAUUUUUCCAAUGGAAGUUGCUUUGAUUAAGAAAAUGACGUCAUACUUUUCCGACACCCGAUACAAGGCUGAACAAGUCUUAGAAGCUUUGGAAAAUCCAGAAAACUUCCUGGAAAGGGUGUCGUCGGAACGGAGACGAGAUGCAACGUUCAGCUGUGGAUUAGUCCCACCUAUCUGUUCUGUUCUGUUGUGUUCAAUCUUUUACGUCUGCGGUAUAUGA